AAGUAACACAACCAAAGCUUGUCGUUUGAGAAAUUAAGUCUAUUACUAGAAUGAAAGGCACCCCCUUUCCCCUGAUUGUAAUUCUUCUAGGGCUCUCUCAUCUUUUAUGCAUCGAAGCAGUCCCAAUUACAAGAAGUGAAAGCCUUAUGCAAGGUCUUCAAGUUCACCAUGGACAGGAGAAUAAUGUCCACAACCAAGAGGUUAUGAUUGAGAGGAUAGACUUGGAACUUCAUGACUAUCCACCAUCUGGGGCAAAUGGUCGUCACACUCCAAGAGGACCAUAUCCAUGACUUUUGGGAAAUGCUACGUUGAUGGUUAAUUGUAGGCUUAUAUAUGAAGUUAAUUAGCAGGCGUGCUCUCUACCAAUUAAAUCUUGUAAUUUCGACGCAGUAAUGUGUUUUAACAGACCAUUUCUCAAUAAUUAACUUUCUUAAUUAAGUGGACAUCAUAUAGAUAAAUUCCCUGAGCAAUUAUGUACAAUUAGCAAGAUAAUAACUUUGUGAGUUAACCUCAAAGUGUUCGAUACUAUGAUAAUUAUGUGAGAACUCAGAACAACCCUUCUGUGUU